AUGUCGUCCAUGUUCAAUAAGGCAAACGCUGUCAGUUGUCCGCGAAGCUGGGAUGAAUAUUUGGAAGCUGCCUCCAAACUUUGUCCUCAGAUUGACGGGGAGUAUAAUUAUAUUUGUGUUCCCAACGAAAACAAAACCGAGCUUGUUCAAUUUUGUUUCAGAAGUGGAAAGUUUCCUGCUUGGCAGUUAGCCGAGCAUUGCCCAUACCUUCACAGCACUGGAAAUAUGAAUUCUGAGAAUUGCACAAGUUUUUCAUACGGAUGCCCGAGAAAACAUUAUAUGACUAGAGAGAUUUACAAAUACCCAGCUUGUCUCGAAAUAAAUACUGAAAGAGGGUGUUACAUUGCAGAUUCAAAUUGCAUCUAUAAUGACUGUGACUGCAAGCCACAAACAUUAGCAGUGAUUCCAACAGCAAAAGGGAAUGGAGUUACUUUAUCCUUGUCUGUUGUAUUUGGAUUGGCAUUUUGUCUGCUGAUUUCUUUAUUUCUUGUGUAUUUCAUCUAUAUGGGAAGAAAAAAAAGAAAAAGCAGAACAUUCAAAAGUAAACAACGUUUAGAAAAGCCACGGGAAAAGGAUGAUGAACAAUAUGUUCCCCUAAAAAGUAAUGAGGAAGGAGUAAGUUACAUUUCAGAACAAUCAGACGUCAGAAUACAGGACGUAAAACAUGAAAGUAAAACAAAAUAUAAUGAUCUUCAUAUUGCGUGUAUAAAUGGAAAUACACAAUUGUGCCAACAUACCAUCCAACAUGAUCCACAUAUGCUUAAGCAGGUAAAUAGUGAAGGAAGUAAUGCUGCAUUAUGCGCCGCACAAGGAGGAAGUGUUGAAAUUUUAGAACUCUUGGCAGAAAAAGGCGUCGACCUGACAAAUAAAAACAAUAUUGGCAGUAAUAUUCUUCAAAUUGCUUGUAUGAAUUCUAAAUUAGAAAUGUGCAAACAUAUCAUCCAACAUUAUCCACAUAUGCUUAAGCAAGUAAAUAAUGAAGGAAGUAAUUCAGCAAUAUACGCCGCUCAAGGAGGAAAUGUUGAAAUUUUAGAACUCUUGGCAGAAAAAGGCGUUGAUCUGACAAACAAAAACAAGAUUGGCAGCAAUAUUCUUCACAUUGCUUGUGUUAGUUCUAAAUUAGAAAUGUGCCAACAUAUCAUCCAACAUUAUCCACAUAUGCUUAAGCAGGUAAAUAAUGAAGGAAGCAAUGCCGCAUUAUACGCCGUGAAAGGAGGAAAUGUUGAAAUUUUAGAACUUUUGGCAGAAAAAGGCGUUGAUCUGACAAAUAAAAACAAGAUUGGCAGCAAUAUUCUUCACAUUGCUUGUGUUAGUUCUAAAUUAGAAAUGUGCCAACAUAUCAUCUACCAUUAUCCACAUAUGCUUAAGCAGGUAAAUAAUAUAGGAUGGAAUGCUGCAUUAUACGCCGCACAAGGAGGAAGUGUUGAAAUUUUUGAACUUCUGGCAGAAAAAGGCGUUGACUUGACAAAUAAAAACAAGAAGUGCAGUAAUAUUCUUCACAUUGCUUGUGUAAGUUCUAAAUUAGAAAUGUGCAAACAUAUCAUCCAACAUUAUCCACAUAUGCUUAAGCAGGCAAAUAGUGAUGGAAGUAAUGCUGCAUUAUGCGCCGCACAAGGAGGAAAUGUUGAAAUUUUAGAACUUCUGGCAGAAAAAGGCGUCGACAUGACAAAUAAAAACAAGAUUGGCAGUAAUAUUCUUCAGAUUGCUUGUAUGAAUUCUAAAUUAGAAAUGUGCAAACAUAUCAUUAAACAUUAUCCUGAUAUGCUUAUACAGGUAAAUAAUGAAGGAAGCAAUGCCGCGUUAUACGUGGCAAAAGGAGGAAAUGUUGAAAUUUUAGAACUUCUAGCAGAAAAAGACGUCGAAAUCACAAAUAAAAACAAGAAUGGCAGCAAUAUUCUUCACAUUGCUUGUUUGAAUUCUAAGUUAGAAAUGUGCCAACAUAUCAUCCAUCAUUAUCCACAUAUGCUUAAGCAGGUUAAUAAUAUAGGAUGGAAUGCUGCAUUAUACGCCGCACAAGGAGGAAGUAUUGAAAUUUUAGAACUUUUGGCAGAAAAAGACGUCGAAAUCACAAAUAAAAACAAGAAUGGAAGUAAUAUUCUUCACAUUGCUUGUAUGAAUUCUAAAUUAGAAAUGUGCAAACAUAUCAUCCAACAAUAUCCAGAUAUGCUUAAGCAGAUGAAUGCUGAAGGAUGGAAUGCUGCAUUAUGCGCCGCAAAAGGAGGAAAUGUUGAAAUUUUAGAACUUCUGUCAGAAAAAGACGUCGACCUGACAAAUAAAAACAAGAUUGGCAGUAAUAUUCUUCACAUUGCUUGUAUGAAUUCUAAAUUAGAAAUGUGCAAACAUAUCAUCCAGCAUUAUUCUGACAUGCUUACACAGAUAAAUAAUGAUAAAUGGAAUGCCGCAUCAUGCGCCGCACAGGGAGGAAGUAUUGAAAUUUUAGAACUUCUGGCAGAAAAUGGCGUCGACCUGACAAAUAAAAACAAGAUUGGCAGUAAUAUUCUUCACAUUGCGUGUGUAAGUUCUAAAUUAGAAAUGUGCAAACAUAUAAUCCAACAAUAUCCAGAUAUGCUUAAGCAGGUAAAUAAUGAAGGAAGCAAUGCCGCAUUAUACGCCGCACAAGGAGGAAGUGUUGAAAUUUUAGAACUUCUGGCAGAAAAAGGCGUCGACCUGACAAAUAAAAACAAGAUUGGCGGUAAUAUUCUUCACAUUGCGUGUGUAAGUUCUAAAUUAGAAAUGUGCAAACAUAUCAUCCAACAUUAUCCACAUAUUCUUCAGGAGGUAAAUAAUGAAGGAUGGAAUGCUGCAUUGUGCGCCGCACAAGAAGGAAAUGUUGAAAUUUUAGAACUCCUAGCAGAAAAAGGCGUCGAUCUGACAAAUAAAAACAAGAAUGGCAGUAAUAUUCUUCACAUUGCUUGUGUAAAUUCUAAAUUAGAAAUGUGCAAACAUAUCAUCCAACAUUAUUCAGAUAUGCUCAAGCAGGUAAAUAAUGAAGGGUGGAAUGCAGCAUUUUACGCUGCACAAGGAGGAAAUGUUGAAAUUUUAGAACUUAUAGCAGAAAAAGGCGUCGACCUGACAAAUAAAAACAAGAUUGGUAGUAAUAUUCUUCACAUUGCUUGUAUGAAUUCUAAAUUAGAAAUGUGCCAACAUAUCAUCCAACAUUAUCCACAUCUGCUUAAGCAGGUAAAUAAUGAAGGAUGGAAUGCCGCAUUAUGCGCUGCACAAGGUGGAAGUAUUGAAAUUUUAGAACUUCUGGCAGAAAAGGGCGUCGACCUGACAAAUAAAAACAAGAAUGGCAGUAAUAUUCUUCAUAUUUCGUGUGUAAGUUCUAAAUUAGAAAUGUGCAAACAUAUCAUCAAACAUUAUCCAGAUAUGCUUCAACAGGUAAAUAACGAAGGAAGUAAUGCCGUAUUAUACGCCGCACAAGGAGGAAAUGUUGACAUUUUAGAACUUCUGAAAAAAAGUGUCGUAUUGAAAAGUUGA